CCCAGGGCAUAUUUUACAAACACAUUCAAUUAAUGCCUUAAUGCAAGAUGACGAUUUUAAAAAUUAUGUUUUCGACGAAGCAGAUCUUUUGGGUCUUAAUUCACCACGCGGUCUUCUUGGGAAUUCUGAGAGGUACACAUCCGAAGAUCUUUCUUCGCCAUCUCCAGUAAGGAAUUUACAGAGAAACAUGUCGAACACAUCAACAAGUUCUUCUUUACCAACUUAUCAGAGUUUAUACCCGAAAAACUCACCCCCAAGUUACAGUACUGUUGGUAACCCUGUUUCAACAACCCAUGAUCCUUCGUUGAUUGGAAAUUUCUUCAAUUGGACACCAAGUACAUCCGGAGUUUCUGAUAGCGUUUCUUCUACUCCUGAUGCAAGUUUAUGCGAUGUUUUGGGUAAUAUGUGCUUAAACGAUGUCCUCCAACGCAACAACACGGAUGUUCGUUCAGAAUUUGAAAUGGCAAAUCUUCAAAAUCUUCAAGCUUUACAAGCCAUCAAAUAUUUGCAACCCUCACCGUUUCUCAACACUUUACUAAGAAGUGGUUAUCCAACAGCAACUCAACUUUUUGAUCGUUGGAAUAACAACUCCGCAUGGGGUGGUCUCUUUUCGCUUGCCGGUCAAGUCCAAGAAAACCUCCAGUUAGAUCGUGCGGCUCGUCUUUAUCGUUCCGCAGCUUCUGUAUGCGACGCAACUUGUACCUGGAGCGGUGUGCUACCUCAAAACACCACCAUGAUAUCAAAACAAGGUUUUUCUAAUAAAGUCUUCCUGGGUGGUGUACCUUGGGACAUCACCGAACAACAUCUCGUCCAAGUUUUUCGACAAUUUGGUCAAAUUCGCGUUGAAUGGCCUGGAAAGGAAAAACAAGUGUCACAGCCGAAAGGUUACGUUUACGUCAUCUUCGAGUCGGAAAAGAAUGUUCGUGCACUUCUACAUGCUUGCAGACACGAUAUAGAUUGCACGGGAAAUUGUUAUUUUAAGAUUUCAUCGAAACGGAUGAAGAGUAAGGAGGUUCAGGUUAUUCCAUGGAGUUUGAGCGAUUCGAAUUAUAUGCAAUCUGCGUCGCAGAAAUUAGAUCCGAAUAAUACGGUUUUUGUGGGAGCUCUCCACGGAAUGUUAAAUGCGGAAGGGUUAGCCAAAAUCAUGAAUGAUUUGUUUGAUGGAGUUAUUUAUGCUGGUAUUGAUACCGAUAAAUACAAAUACCCCAUAGGAUCAGGAAGAGUGACCUUUAACAAUUCAAGAUCAUAUAUGAAAGCGGUAGCUGCUGCUUUUAUCGAAAUAAAAACAGCAAGAUUCACAAAAAAGGUACAAGUUGAUCCGUAUUUAGAAGAUUCUUUGUGUUCAGUUUGCGGUGUUCAUCAAGGUCCAUAUUUUUGUCGUGAAUUAAUGUGUUUCCGAUAUUUUUGUCGUUCCUGUUGGCAAUGGAAACACUCGCAAGAUUUAAGACAUCAUAAGCCGUUGACUCGUAAUCCGAAGAACGCGAACAACUUAGAUAUGGGAUCUGUUUUAACCGUAACUUAAUGGUAAAAUCGUGGAUGAUUAGUCUCGGCGCAUUUUGUUGUUUGUUUGAUUUUUAUUUGAUAUGUUGGAAUUUAUAUCGUAUGUUUAUCGUUAUCUUAGUAAUUUGAAGGUUUAGUUUCCAUUGUCUCGCAAAGAUCAUAAAAUGGAUACUGAAUUUCGUCUUUAUUUUAGCUAACUCUAGCUAAAACCUAGACCUGUUUAAGUUUUUUCUCGAAAAUUACAAAAAAAAUCAAGGUAUUCUACAAAGUUAGAAUUGAUCUCCAUAAAUUUCUUGUUUACUUUGUAGAGUAAUAUUUAUUGUUAUUCCAUUUGAUAACCAUUGGUAAAUUUAAUAUUGUAGUUUUAGGUGUUUGAUAGAUGAUCCUAUCGGAUAUUUAUUUUCUUUUACGUUUAAAUUUUUUAUUUAUGGGGUUUUCUUGUUUUUUUAAUGGAUGGAAAAUAGGUAAUAGGCGUUUUCAAUUUCACAUCGAAGUGCUAUUUUGAUGUUAUUAUGAUGAAUUUGGCUAAGAUUUUUGGAUUACGAUUUUUGAUGUUUUUCAAAAAAAAAAAAGUUAUAAAUAUUUACUCUAAUUAUAAUCAAAUUUAUGAAUUGGGAAUUAAAAUUAUUGCAUUUCAAAAUUAUUAAUAUUUGUUCAAUUUUUUUAUGUGUCAAUACAGAACAUUCAUCCUAUUACCUCCCAAAAAAAUCAAAUGUGACGUUUAAUUUUUGUCUAUCGUUUUAUUUGUUUUUAAUUUUACUUUUAGUUUUGUUUUAAAUGUUUAACCCCUGACUGUGUUUAUGUGAUUGUAGUUUUUAAGGUAGAUUUAAUGUUUGUUUCUUAAACGAAGCUGUUCAACUAAAACCACUAAUUUAAAUAACCCAAUGAAAUCCUGUUAAUGUUUGUGUGAUAGCUUCGUUUAUGAGUAUUCAUCAGCAGUGCACAAAUAUUUAACUCUAAAUGGUGAGUUUUAAUUUUUUUUAUUCACGUUUCAAAUCUUAGGAGUUUUAACGAGUUUUUAGAAUAACGUAUCAGUUUGGUAAUUCUAAAACGAAAUCUUUGAUUAUAUUAACAGUAUUAUAACAAAAUGUGCCCCGCUGCUGAAAUCUUUCCUGUUUUUGUUCACCAAAUUUUAAUGUAUUCCUAAUAAAUACCUCUGUUGCUUUAAA